AUGAGUGCUCCUACAGCUUUAAAACAAUCAGAUAAUAUAGAUCAAAAUCAAGAUCAAUCACAAUUUGAAAGUAAAAUAAUAUCACAACACGCACAACCAACUUAUGAAGAUGAUGAUGAUGACGAAAUGCUCAUAGACACUGAAAAUGUACCAAUUACAUCCACUGACUCAACUACACAAAUUUCAAAUACAACACCAGACCUAGAUGAAACAGGAAAACCAAAAUUCACAACUGAAUCUAAUUCAAAUAUGAAAGUAAAAUUAGAAAGUAGGAAAGUACCUGUACCACCUCAUAGAAUGACACCUUUAAAAAAUGUAUGGACAAAAAUUUUCCCACCUUUAGUUGAUCAUUUAAAAUUACAAGUUAGAAUGAAUCUAAAAACAAAAACAGUAGAAUUAAGAACAAAUAAAUUUACAACUGAUCCAGGAGCUUUACAAAAAGGAGCAGAUUUUGUAAAAGCUUUUACAUUGGGAUUUGAUGUUGAUGAUGCUAUUGCAUUAUUAAGAUUGGAUGAUUUAUAUAUUGAAACUUUUGAAAUUAAAGAUGUUAAAACUUUAACUGGUGAUCAUUUAAGUAGAGCUAUUGGUCGUAUAGCUGGUAAAGAUGGUAAAACUAAAUUUGCUAUUGAAAAUGCAACAAGAACUAGAAUAGUAUUGGCAGAUUCAAAAAUUCAUAUAUUAGGAGGUUUUACGCAUAUACGAAUGGCAAGAGAAGCUGUCGUUUCAUUAAUUCUAGGAUCUCCACCAGGUAAAGUGUAUGGUAAUUUGAGAACAGUUGCAAGUAGAAUGAAAGAAAGAUAUUAA